CACUUUUUUUUUACGAAAAUGGCUGCCUCUCUGAUUUAAACCCAAUUUCUGGAGGAUAAUAUAGCCACAAUUUAAACCUUACGAAGAGCAAGCGUAUAACGGAGGAGAUUCUGAAGGUUUUAGGAUGGCGUGCUGCCGGCGUACAUAAGAAUAUGCUUUGGUUCCAAGGAUGGAAGAUAUCUGUUUCAUGUUUAACCCAUUGCAUUCCAUAAUCCAACCCGCGUACCGUUGAGGUAAAGUAAAAUAAAGAUGAUGCACCAAGUUGCCAGCAACAACAACGACUAUGGCCUGGGCAGCCUGUCGGAGGACGGUGGGCCGCACUCCCACUCGCACUCGACCAGCCACUUCGACUUGUGCAGCUCGCCCACCAAGUCCUUCUACCCAUCUGUGCCGCCGCCCCCGCCCUCCCUGCAGCUGGCCAACCUGGGCAACCUGGGCCCUCUGCCCCAGAGCAUGCUCAAGCCUAUGGCCUGCCAGAUGCAGCAGCAGCAGCAGGACGGCAGCCCCAACGACUUCCACCCGCAGUCGGUGCGGAUGAGGGGCACCGACCCCCAGCAGCAGCCACAUCCCCCGCCCCAAUCCGAGGGCGGCAAGAAGAAGAAGGGUGGGGCGGGGAAGUGCGGGCGACGGGGCAGGCCCUCGGGCACCACCAAGUCGGCAGGUUACCGAACCAGCACGGGGCGGCCGCCCGGCACCACCAGGGCGGCCGGGUUCAAGACGAGCCCCGGCAGGCCGCUGGGCACCACCAAAGCAGCAGGCUACAAGGUCAGCCCUGGGCGCCCACCGGGCAGCAUUAAGAACCUGGCCCGCCUCAAUAAACUAGAGUAUGGUACUACCAACCCCCCCACCGCCACAAACAACAACAAUGGAUCGGCGCUUGGGCCGCCGUCACCUUUCAGCCCGUACAGCAUGAUGCAGAAGCGAGCGCUGAGCGAGGCCGCCAUGAAAGACAAGGACAGCAACGAGCAGAGGUGCGCACAGGUCUUUGAGCUCGAGUCCAGCUCGGGCUUGAAGCCACUCAGCUCCGGCCCAGGUCAAGUGUCAAGCCUCUGAAAGAAAGACAGACGGCUCUUUGUUUUGUUUUGUUUGUUGUUUGGGAGUCCCGGAGUCUUAAAAAGAAAAAAAAAGUGCUUGUUAUAGCAACAAGCCUGAGUCCCAGUCUUGAACGUUUUCUUUUGUUUUUGUUUUUGUUUUUUCUAUUUAUUCUGAAUGAGGGAAAAGAUGGAGAUAUAGAGAAGGGAUGGAGGGAGGGAUGGGAUGGGAUGGGAUGGAGGGAGAGAGGAUGUGUGGAGGAGUACAUGUCCAAAGUGCUGGUGCUGUUACUGUCUACGAGACACUUGUACAUCCAAAAUUUCAGAGGUUUUGGGAGAGUCUUUUGAGUGGUCGACUUGAUUUUUUGAUACCUACACUAACACUUCUGUAUGUAUGUAUGUAUGCCUCAUUGUAAUACUGUUACUAUCCUUUUUUGUCUUAUCCUUAUCCAAAGAACAUAAUCAUGCUCUAUUAUCACCACACGUAUGUUAUAUUGCUGUACAAAAUGUGCAUGAUGGUAGCCUUGUCAAACAAUGAACCACAGUGAUGGGUGUGGUGGUGGUGGUAUUUCUGAAUUCAGUGGGUGGCAUUCCCUGUUGACUGAAAUGGUGGAAGAGGGUUCACAUAGCACUACCUUAUGAUAACUCAACCCCACAGUAUAGGCUUCAAUACACUGUGCUUUGUCUUCACUCUCUUUCUCACCUUACCACGCCACGUGCAACUGUCAACUCAGAGCUUCUGCAAGUCACAAGCUGCACUUGAAUGGAACAAAAAACAAGCACCAUACAUAUAUUAAUCUCUUCUUUUUACCUAAGUGUCUGUGACUGUGUUGUUUUGUGAUGUCCUUUAUAUCAAACCAUGCUUUUUAUUAUUAUUGAUUUGUAUACAACCGUGGUUUGUUUAUUGGUUGAGGAUCAAAUCCUGAGGGAGGUUUUUUUUAAACAUGCCAUUUUUAAAACAAUAAUACAUUUAUUGCUUUAAUUGGGUUUGAAAGCAAAGAUGGGUGUGAAAACAAUGUUGUAUUUCUAAUAGUAUAUAAAUAUGAAUGUUUUGUCUAAGUUAUACUUUGUGAUUUGGUCUCUGCAGUGUACUCACAAUAUCUACUGUUGAUCAAACCUGGUAUGACAAGUUACUUCACUGUUGGUUAAUUCUCUUUUUUAUCUUACGAUCAAACUGCUAAAUGUGUCAUUACACAAAUACAUAUGAAUAGCCAAUAACAAUAAAUAUCACUCCAAUA